AUGCGAAUCCGCCGGCGUCGUUUUGAUCAAAUCUAACUUUAUUCCAUCUAGUUGGCGUGGGGUUUGCCGUACACGUAUACAGCUAGCAAUUCGGUUUUUCGAACCCCAUUCGUUACUUGGGACAGCUGUAAGACACAUCAAUUUGAUAAAAUAAUCUACAACAAUCUAUAGAAAAAAAUAAUAUGCCUUCGGUAAAUCCCUUUUUUGAAUAUGUAGCUAAAUUCCGUAGGGAGCAUCGAGAGCUAAGAGAUCAACGCGUUAUCGCAAAAAGAGCUAGCGAUUCAUGGUAUUCCCUAACUACACAGGAGAAAAAUAUCUACCGCGAACAGGCGCGCGAUGAACAAAAUCGGCGUCGGAGAGUGGCAGUACAGGCGCGCGAUGAACAAAAUCGGCGUCGGAGAGUGGCAGUAAUGCCAGCGAUGCCGUGCCAACAAUGCCGUUAUUACAAAUUGGCAUUUUCUGCACUGCUUUUGUUUGGUGUUGUUUUGGUUUGGUUUGUCUUUUAAGUGAACAAAAUAAUCAGUUUUUUGUCAGAACAGUUACCAUAGUUGAAGUUAUCCCCACAAAAUAUGCGAAAAAUUACCCAAAAAUUAAUUUCCAUAAAUCUUUAAAAAAUGAUAGGGAUCGUUAUUC